AUGGACAUGGAUCCCGCCGUUGUCGGCCUCCCUACCACAACAGCCAUCACAGGCCUGCUCGACGUCGGCGCUGCUGCCAUCGACAUCCUCAGCGACCUCAACAUCUCGCCCCAGCACGACACCGCCAUCCUCAACGUCCUCCUCCGCGAGGUCAAGGAGUGCCGAUCCUCCGUCCACGCCUUCUACAAGACCCUCAACCUCAUCGAGAAUAACCAGAUCCCCUUCCCCGCCCGCGCCGCCUGGAUCUCUCUCGACACCCUCGUCGCAACCCUCACAGACACCGUCCUCGCCUUCACUCGCCUCUCGUCGCUAUGCUGUGCGCUCGACGAGCAGUCCAACAGGACCACGCCUGAAGAUGCCGCUAAGCAGUUCCAGAAGAGGAUCAAGGCGCUCCCCGGAGAAAAGGACGCAAAGAACAGUCGCGACGAGCUGGCGCAUCGCGUUGCUAGACUCCUCACAUUCAACGUCAACCUCUCUGCUCGAUUACGACAGAGUCGCCCCGGAUCAUCGGCUGCCAAGACAACGGGGUCGGGAGCCCAGACCCCCGAUAGCCCCGAGAUCACCCCCGUCAAUGUGGGGCUUGGAUCCGCCCCCUACUCCGGAACGCUCUCCAAGCUCACCACGCCCAAGGCUCUGUCCAAGGUCAUUCUGCCCAUUGAGCUGAGGGAGCUGCGUGAUGAUUUCGAGUACUACACCGAGAUGAUUCCCUCGCAGACUGGAAGCUGUGAGUUUCCAACUGGCGGUGUCUUGAUGGGAACUCCAUAUGAUCUCGCUUCAGCUCGAUGA